AUGGCAGAAUCGAGGCCUGCUGUCAACAACGGACCCACGGCAUCCGCCAAGCCGCCCUCCGAGUCACAGACAAGUGCGAGUAAUGCAAUAGUGACCCAAGCUCCCACAACUGCUGCUGGUAACGCAACUGGCAAUUCCACCGAGCCACAAAAAGACCGAGCACCCGCAAUGUCUAGAUCCCAGAGAGCCGGGCUACAGUUCCCAGUUGGCCGUAUUCAUCGCUACUUGAAAAAGCGUACUCUGAACAACGCAAGAGUUGGGGCCAAAGCCGCAGUCUAUUCCGCGGCUAUUCUGGAAUAUCUCACAGCAGAAGUUCUCGAGUUGGCUGGCAAUGCAUCGAAAGAUCUGAAAGUGAAACGUAUCACACCACGCCAUCUCCAGCUAGCCAUUCGAGGGGAUGAAGAACUAGAUACGCUUAUCCGUGCCACUAUCGCUGGUGGUGGUGUAUUGCCGUCGCCGAGAUAUGAAUUCCUGAAAACAGGAGAUUGUGAAUAUGGAAUAACAACUGGCGUCCUGAGCUUUGCACGUUUGAUUCCUCGGUUAUUCUCGCCUGGGCAUUGGUUACGCUGGAGUCGCUUCAAUCAAUUCUUCUCUUCUCUUUUGAAAUCUUCAGGUGGACGCAGAGUAUCGGAUUAG